UUUAAACGGUAAUUCACCGCAAACACAAUUAAGUUAUCAAGUAAUUUACAAUUCUCAAAUUCAUAAUAGUAAUGAUUUAAUUGAGCAGCAAGCGGGCAGAUAUGUAACGUGGAAAUUUUACCAUUUUAAAAUACUUCAACGAUAAGAUUAUUGUACACGCAUUAAUGUUUGUUCCUUAUUUUCAUCUCAUUUUCAUUGGCCCUAUCUUAAUUGGUACUCUAUCUAUGUACAUGUAGUAAUCUUUAAUUCGCUCGUGUUCUUUUUUCAACGCAAAAAUAUCCAGAUUUUGUAAUAAAAUUAUCAUACGUAAUGAAUACAUUAAAUUAUUUUGAAAUAGAAGUGACCACCGUAACUGUCUAGUUAGAAAUUUCUUUUGAUGGUUGUUAGUUGGUAUUUUUUUAUUUUUAUUUUUAAAGAACACUAGUGAAGUGAGUUCGCGAUUUACGUGAGUACAAUUCAAAUGACAUGGAAACUUUGAUGGCUGCAACAGCGAACGACUCUUCGAAAAUUUUCAAACAAGACCUCAAGAUAUGGAUGGUUGCAGAAGGGCAUACUAUUUUACAAACAAACUCGUCCAACUUCGGAUGUGAAAAAUUUCCAUACUCGGACGAAAAUUUCAACUCUAUAGAAUUAUCAAACAUCUACGGUAUGAUCACCACUACUGAUACAGAUACAUCGAGUAAAUGCAGCACAAUAACAGAGAAAUCGACACGAGAUCACGAAGAAAACGACCAAAGAGAAUUAAAUAAUAAUGGACAAGAAAUACAUAAUACAGUUCACAAUCUUAAAAACGUUAUUUCGAAUCAAGUUGAAUUCGCAGAAAAGGAUCGACCCCAUAAAGAAAAAAUAUCGUUGAAUUGGCAGCCCAAGUCUGCAGAAAAUACCGCAGAGAUUUCGGAAAUACAAAGGGAGACAUGCAAAAUGGUUGUCAAAUCGAAACAUCUGAUAUUCAACUACGAUGAGACGAAAGGAUAUUAUCUGUGUUUUCCACUAUCCAAGCUAAUAUGGUGUACCAUAUCUUUGCCAUUUUUCGCAUUCAUAUUUUGUGUCGUUUGGUCCAUUCUGUAUAAUUUCGAGGAAACAACUUUUACUCACUGCAAGGUAUGGAAUUUUCUUCCAUCGAUAUCGGCAGCGAUUGGAAAUCACAUGACUCAAUACAUUGUUUGGGUGACAGCUGUUACUCUUCAUUCUGGUCCAAGGUUCUUGUUCAUUAGCAUCUAUUAUCGGUAUUAUUUGAAGAUGAUAAAACACCAAAAACAAUACAUCGCCAAAGUGGCCUGUACGCUGAACGUAAUAGAGAAUAUUUCUUUGUUAGGAUUGACUUAUUUGUCAUCAGCUGGCUCGUAUGCGAUUCAUGAAAAAUGUUUUAUUACUUUUAUGGCAUCUUCGGAGUUAUACAUGUUGCUCACCUGCAUAUUAUUCAGAUAUCACCGCAAGACCAACACGAUGGAUAAAUUUGAAGCUUUUUCGUUACGUAUGAAAACCAGAUUACUGAUUGUAAAUGCCAUAUCGUUCAGUACAGCUGGUUAUUUCUUCCUGAGGCAUAAUAAGUAUUGCGAACCUGGAAUUUAUACUCUGUUCGCCUUUUUCGAAUACAUCGUGGUUCUUAGUAAUAUGGCUUUCCAUCUAACUGCCCUAUUCGAUUUCAAAGAUCAGUGUAUUACGGUUUAUAAAAAAGGAAUUGAUGUAAGAUGACAUGAUUUGCUGCCGUAGUUUUAUCGCAACGUCGAAUUAUGUUUACCUACUUAUUGUUAAUUUCGCAAUAACUCAUUAUUUUUACGAAACAACGAGUGGCUAUGUUGUUAAACAUAUUUUGUGAACCUAAAAUUUGAAAGUAUUAUCGAACGCGAUACGAGCUUAUAUUUUUAAAAAUUAUUUUUGUUAUUUUUAUACGCUUGGAUUUCGAGUGGCCGUUACUCGUACCUACACAGAUUCUGUUACAAUUUUAAGUUUGUAUUUUUGUUGUUUAUCUGUGAUGAAAGAAUGAUGUAGAUGUAAGCGAGGCAUUUAAUCAAUUAGACUGAUACCCUACUACUACGAAUUACCAUGUCUCAAAAAUACGGUAUUUGAAAUUAUUUCCAAAAAUGUAUCGCAUAAAAAAAAGUAUUCUAAUAUUACUCGAUGUUGUAACAAAAAUAUAAACUCUCGAAGCUUCAAUUACACCGAUGAUACUACCACCUAUACGAUGUACUACUUUUUUAAACGAUUAUUUUACAUGAUACUCUAUGUAAAAUAGUUUUGCCAACCUUAGAAUCAUGAUUUUUAUACAUCUAUUUUGAUGAAAUACUCGUACGUUACAUAUGCAAUACUUAUUGUUACUUCGUUCAAUGUUUUAUACUUUUAUUAGAAAAUGUUCACUUAAUUUUUAAGUUAUUUUGUCACGUUUUUUUUUUGUUUUUUUUUUGAGUAAAUAUGUUUAUGUCAAUUAAAAAUUGACGCGCAAUUGUGAUGUAUACCUUCAUGUUACUCGAGUCAAUUAGUUUAAUCAAUAUUCCAAAGCUUUGUUAUUUGCAAUAAAUUAAUUUGCGUUUA